AUGGCUGGUUUAGUUUCUGGUGAUACAGAGACUCAGAGCUCCGGUGAUUCCAAACGCGGCGGCUUGAUCACUUUUCCGUUCAUGAUAGUUACGUUGUUAGGCAUUUCCGUGACAUCUUAUGGAUGGGUAUUAAACUUGAUCGUCUUCUUGAUCGAGGAAUUCAACAUCAAGAGCAUCGCAGCUGCUCAGAUUUCAAACAUCGUCAAUGGUUGCCUCAGCAUCUUGCCUGUUGUUACAGCCAUUAUAACCGAUUCUUUCUUCGGAAACAUUCCUGUCAUCUCCACCGCUUUCAUUUCUCUGCUCGGCAUUGUUCUCUUGACUCUAAUCGCAUCUUUUAACAAGUUGAUACCUCAACCUUGUGAAACAGGGUCUAUCCUAUGCGAAUCACCAUCAAAACUCCAGCUUUGGAUCUUGUAUUCUGCUUUAGCUCUAGUGACCGUCGGAACAGCUGGGACACGUGUGAGUUUAGCGUCCGCGGGUGCGAACCAAUACGAGAAACAUAAACAUAAAGAUAGCUUCUUUACAUGGUACUUCCUCACCGUAAACGCAGGCGCCAUUGUUAGCGCCACAGCGAUUGUUUAUACACAGGACAAUGCUAGCUGGAAACUCGGGUUCGGUCUCUGUGCAGCUGCGAAUCUGAUCAGUUUCAUCGUUUUCCUCUCCGGGAAGAGAUUCUACAACCAUGAAAAGCCCAUGGGAAGUCCUUUCAAGACCCUGAUCCGCGUUUUAGUAGCUUCUUUAGUGAAAAGGAAGGAUGUGGUUUCUUCCAAAGAAGAAGACUAUCACCGUGUGCUCGGAAGAGAGUCCAAGAAUUUUACAGCAAUUCCCUCCAAUAGCUUCAGGUUCUUGAACAGAGCAGCAUUGAGGACAGAAGAGGACUUAAAUCAGAAAGAUGGGUCAGUUAUCAACAUGUGGAGGCUAUGCUCUGUUGAGGAAGUAGAAGAUUUCAAAUCCAUUCUCCGACUUGUACCUCUGUGGUUAGCCAUCCUUUUUCUCGGAACUUCCAUUGGUGUUCAAGCAAGCUUGAUGGUCCUACAAGCACUGGUCACAGACCGAAGACUCGGCUCUCAUUUCGAAGUCCCUGCGGGUUCUCUACAAGUUGUAGUACUCAUCUUUUCAUGCGUCUUUCUCGUGCUCAACAAGUGGACUAUCUUUCCAAUGUACAAGAAGCUAACACAUAAGGAGAUGACACCUCUUCAACAAGUCGGUAUAGGACAGGUUUUGAACAUUUUAAGCAUGGCGGUCUCCGCGAUUGUGGAAGCAAAGAGGCUGAAAACAGUUGAAAGUGAAGAUCUCAUGUCGGUUUUGUGGCUGAUUCCUCCUCUUGUGAUAGUCGGAAUCGGCGAUGCGUUCCAUUAUCUGGCGAAUGCUGUAGUGUUCUAUGGAGAAUUCCCUGAGUCGCUGAAGAACACAGCGACCUCGGUGACUUCGGUGGCAAUGGGAAUCUCCUUUUAUCUGAGUACAGCUUUGAUCGACUUGAUACAGAAGAACACUGUUUGGUUACCAGAUGAUAUUAACCAAGGGAGAGUGGACAAUGUGUAUUGGGUUUUGGUCAUUGGAGGUGUUUUGAACUUUGGCUAUUUCCUUGUAUGUUCUUGGUUUUACACGUACACAAAAUUCCAAGAUGAUAAUGGCCAAGGGCAAGAUGUUAAAGAUGUUACAACAUGA